GCAGCUCUAGGCAUCUCUCGUGUCUCUGCUAUUAAAAGCGAAACCUCCCUGGACACAAAGCGCCACGCCAGGAACUAUGUCAUGACACUCGUCAAGAUAAAUACCACUUGGAGCCUCUGACUUCUGCGGAUAAACGUAGCAACCCGUCUGCCUGAACGGAGAGAGCCUUGAACUGCAGCACCUUAACUCAAUGAUCUGGAUACAUAAACUGAUUUACUUUGCGCAACGAAAUGCGAAUACACUCAAACAUGAUAUUCGAACAUGAUAUUUGAUAUCUGAUAUUUAUCAGAUAGAAUGGUAGAAUGACAAGGAUGACUUAUAUGUGUAGUUUUGCUCAUGCAAAGUAUUUUUCGUGACGCGCAGACCCAAUCCCACAAUUUCGAAAUCGCUAGCACAGGUAACACAUGGUGGACUGUCGUGCGCUCACAAUCAAAGUUCUAAGAAGACGAAGGAAAACGUUAUGACCAAAUCUGACUGAAUUCCAGAGAAUCCGAAAAGAGCAUAAGUAUGAGUUACAUGUCAAUCGUCAUCUGAAGUAACAAGCGUUUCCAGGUCUUGCUAAGGGACCCCAAAACAAGACCCCGGGGUACCAUGGACAGCGAUUUAGCUGCUUGUUCCAAGAACCUUUGAUUACCUAGUGAAAGGACUUGCUGUUCUUCAAAGUUUCAAAGUUCUUCAAAGAUGGAUGCCCAGAAGAAUGCAUCUUUUCUUGUUUCUGUAAACGAAUCUUUCUUCUAUGACCAAAAAGGACAUGAUAACUCUACAAGAUUGCAUGACAGUACAAGUAUUGUGGCUGUAAUUUACCUCAUUGUGUUUGUACUGGGCUUAAUGGGGAAUACAUUAGCAAUCUUUGUGGUGUUGCGAUACGCUAAGAUGAAGACAGUUACCAAUAUGUAUAUCCUCAACUUGGCAGUAGCUGAUGAGCUGUACAUUCUUGGACUUCCUUUCAUCACCACCCACAAUGUGCUGUCCUACUGGCCCUUUGGCACCUUUCUGUGUCGUGUUGUUAUGUGGGCAGACACCAUCAGUCAGUUCACUAGCACCUUCUGCCUGACAGUAAUGAGUAUUGAUCGUUAUAUGGCCGUGGUACAUCCCAUCCGCAGUGCAAAAUGGCGGCGACCGAGCAUAGCUAAGGUCAUAAACUGUAUGGUAUGGACUCUCGCUUGUAUUUUGGCACUUCCAGUGAUAAUUUACUCAGAUGUUCAACCUGAUCUCAACACCUGCAACAUGAGCUGGCCAGAACCGCGUAACGUGUGGUCAGCAGCCUUUAUACUUUACACUACCAUCUUAGGAUUCUUCUGCCCCUUACUGGUCAUUUGCAUAUGCUACCUACUCAUCGUUAUCAAGGUGAAGUCAGCAGGAGCCAGAGCAGGGCUCACCAACCGGCGCAGGUCAGAAAGGAAGGUAACGCGUAUGGUAGUGAUCAUUGUGGUCAUGUUUGUGCUCUGCUGGCUUCCAUUCUUCAUUCUCAACAUUGUCAAUCUCAUAAUCAUCCUCCCAGAAAACAGCCUCAUAAGUGGUGUCUACUACCUCACUGUUAUCCUCACAUAUGUAAACAGUUGUGCCAACCCUGUCCUCUAUGGCUUCCUAUCAGACAAUUUUAAACAGAGCUUUCGGAAAGUGCUCUGUGUCCAUAAAGCCAAUGGGAUUGGAGAUAGUAACCCUGGACGGGCACGUGUUGAGAGUGCCAGUCAAAAUGACCCCUUCUUCUCCCCAAGGAGCACAGACUACAAUAUGCAAGUCGAGAACCAUCAAAGUAUUCAGAUGGAGCCCGGAGGUAAUACCAAAGCGGAGCUUUUGACUUCUGUGAUCAGUCAGUCCACAGUAUGAGAGUUUUCCACCUUGCCACAGAGCCAAACUGGAAAAGGAUAGCGAACUAAUCCAACAUUGGCAGCAUUACUCUAUGGACCCUCACUCAAUUAACAAGGGAGCAGAGCAUCACAUCAUGGUAAAAAAGUCAAGAACUCAAAUAUAUAUUUAGCAUGAUGUGACACUCUGCUCCCUUGUUAAUUGAGUGAGGGUCCAUAGAGUAAACCCAUUUCCUUUUAUAGCCACAUUGUGACAGAUGAUACUGAUGGGGUUGGAAAAUAACCCUACGCUGGAAAUGAGAAUACAUUAUGACUCAAAGUACACUGUUUAGGUCUGACCCAGUUAAUGGAGAUGGGAACUUUGGGAAGCUGUACAAUUCUCGUAUGACCUCUGACCUAUGACUUGAGCCUUUUGAGAGUAGUAGGAGAGGAAAUGCUUUGGGCAUUCUGUGAUGAGAUGGAAUGUCAAGAUGAAUGAAGUACAGCUAUGUAUGGGUGGCUAUUGAAGCAAUCUCACAAACUCUCUAAAAGCAUGUUAAGUGUCUCAACUGAGUAUUAACUAGCCCUUUUGAAAUGCCACAUGGGUAUAUGCUGAGACAAUAAAGACCAUAAGUUAUAUACAAACAUUGGGCUAGUCUUUUACAAAAGCUUAAACAGUUUUAUUUAUUAAUAACAGAUUGUCUUUAUUUAUAAAUCCAUGUAUGUGGUGGAUAUAAAAGUAUCCAAAAGUUUUCUUAGUUAAGACUGAAGCAUAACUUAACAGCUUGCAUUAUUUUAUAUCAGAACAAUGCUAAGGCUUCACUAUAAGACUGUACAUCAUUUAAUACAUCUGCAAAGCAAUUGAUACAAUUCAGUUGAAUCCUGUUGGAUAUAAUGUGGUGUGAUACAUUUUUUUUUAGAAUUUAUUUGUGGCAUUUGCAACAAACCCUAGUUAUAACAAAACUUGGGUGUUUUUAGUUGUUGUAAAACUGUUUAAUAAUGAAAGUCUUUUGCUGUUUCAUCUAUGUUGUGUCCAAAAUCUUUGAUAUGUUGUUUUUGUUGUAGUAAUUU